AUGCCCACCCCCAACUUCACCGAGAUUCUCCCAUCCUCCCUCAAGCCCUCCUCACACACGCACAUCACCUCCCUCUGGUCCAACUACGGCCACAUCUACCGCCUCACCUUCCCCUCUCACCCCCCUCUCAUCCUCAAGCUCAUCCAACCGCCACCAACCCCUCGCACCGCCUCCGAAUCCCACAUCCGCAAGCUCCUCUCCUACCGCGCCGAGCGCCACUUCUACACCCACCUCUCCCACCACCUCACCCCGCACUCCCCAUCGCAACCCCGCACCCCAUCUCCGCAGCCUACACCGACGCCGCCCUCCUCAUCGACGACCUCACGAAGACAUUCCCGCUCUCCCCCUCGCACCGCUACUCCCCCGCCCACACCUGCAGCGCCAGAUGAGGCGAGGGGCGUGUGGCAGCGGGGUGGGUACUGGUACUUGGAUACCCGCGCCGAGGAGAUGCAGUGUCUCCUCGACGAUGACGGCGACGGCGGCUAUGCGUUCCUGCUGCCGCAUGUACAGGCUGUUGCGGAGCGGCUAAGGGUGCGCCCCGGUGAUCUCGGCGCGACGCUGAUGCACGGGGACUGCAAGGGUGCCAAUAUCGUUUUUGCACCCCCGGGGGGUGAUGGGGAGGUGAGAUGUGCGCUGUACGACUUCCAGUACGUGGGUGUCGGCCUGGGUGUGCAGGAUCUAGCGUAUUUCUUGGGGACAUCGGUGGAUGUGCGGUUGCUGGAGGGGGGCGGGGAGGAUGCGCUGCUGAGGGGGUAUUAUGACGAGUUGGUGGCGGCGCUGGGGAGGAGAGGGGUGGAGGUGGGGGGGUAUACGUGGGAGGUGUUGGUGGGGCAGUGGGAGUGGGCGCUGGUGGAUUGGAUGAGGUUUAUGGCGGGCUGGGGGUGCUGGGGAAUAGUAGGUGGGUGGAGGGGCGGGCGAGGAGGAUCUGUGAGAGGUGGGUGA